UAGUGCUGUUUUAAAGUGACACCGGAAUGCCAUUUGAAAACCAACAUGUUUCAGCCAUGUCUGACAAAAGUGAACUGAAGGCGGAGUUGGAGCGCAAGAAGCAGCGAUUAGCUCAAAUCAGAGAGGAGAAGAAAAGAAAGGAGGAAGAAAGAAAGAAAAAAGAAACUGAUCAGAAGAAAGAAGUUCUUCCUGUACAAGAAGAAUCUGAUCUUGAAAAGAAGAGAAGAGAAGCUGAAGCAUUACUUCAGAGCAUGGGGUUGACACCUGAGUCGCCUGUUGUCCCUCCUCCUACCUCUCCGUCUUCCAAAUCUGUGAGUACGCCAAGUGAGGCUGGAAGCCAGGACUCUGGUGAUGGCGCUGUUGGAUCUAGGACGCUGCAUUGGGAUACUGAUCCAUCAGUUCUUCAGCUCCACUCUGAUUCCGAUCUGGGACGUGGACCUGUUAAACUUGGAAUGGCCAAAAUAACACAAGUUGACUUUCCUCCUCGAGAAAUUGUUACAUAUACAAAGGAGACGCAAACACCAGUUAUGACUCAGCCAAAGGAAGAUGAGGAAGAUGAAGAUGAUGUGGUUGCACCAAAACCGUUAGUUGAACCUGAGGAAGAAAAAACCUUAAAAAAAGAGGAGGAGGAAGAAGCUGCCCCUCAUGAACUUACAGAAGAGGAAAAACAACAAAUUUUGCAUUCUGAAGAAUUUUUAAGUUUCUUUGACCACUCCACAAGGAUUGUCGAAAGAGCCCUUUCUGAGCAAAUCAACAUUUUCUUUGACUACAGUGGAAGAGACUUAGAAGACAAAGAAGGAGAGAUUCAAGCAGGAGCAAAACUGUCCUUAAAUAGGCAGUUUUUUGAUGAACGUUGGUCAAAGCAUCGUGUUGUCAGUUGUUUGGACUGGUCAUCUCAGUACCCAGAAUUACUUGUAGCCUCUUACAACAACAAUGAGGAUGCACCUCAUGAGCCCGAUGGGGUGGCCCUUGUAUGGAAUAUGAAGUACAAGAAAACUACCCCAGAGUAUGUCUUUCACUGCCAGUCAGCAGUGAUGUCAGCUACAUUUGCAAAAUUUCAUCCCAAUCUGGUGGUUGGUGGCACGUACUCAGGCCAAAUAGUGCUCUGGGAUAAUCGCAGCAAUAAGAGAACCCCAGUGCAGAGAACUCCACUUUCAGCUGCUGCUCACACGCACCCAGUGUACUGUGUAAAUGUUGUUGGGACCCAGAAUGCUCAUAAUUUGAUUAGUAUCUCAACUGAUGGGAAAAUAUGCUCUUGGAGUCUGGACAUGCUUUCCCAACCGCAGGAUAGCAUGGAGCUGGUUCACAAACAGUCCAAGGCUGUGGCUGUUACCUGCAUGUCCUUCCCUAUUGGAGAUGUCAACAACUUCGUUGUUGGCAGUGAAGAAGGCUCAGUGUACACUGCAUGCCGUCAUGGCAGCAAAGCUGGAAUCAGUGAGAUGUUUGAAGGACACCAGGGACCAAUCACAGGUAUCAACUGCCAUGCAGCAGUUGGACCUGUAGACUUCUCACAUCUUUUUGUCACCUCUUCUUUUGACUGGACAGUAAAGCUUUGGACAACUAAGAAUAACAAACCUCUCUACUCCUUUGAAGACAACUCAGAUUAUGUUUAUGAUGUGAUGUGGUCUCCAACUCACCCUGCCUUGUUUGCCUGUGUGGAUGGGAUGGGCAGACUUGACCUGUGGAAUCUCAACAAUGAUACUGAGGUGCCAACUGCAAGCAUUACUGUGGAGGGCAAUCCUGCUCUGAACCGUGUGAGAUGGACGCAUUCUGGGAGGGAGAUUGCUGUAGGUGAUUCAGAGGGACAAAUAGUUAUAUAUGACGUGGGAGAGCAAAUUGCCAUUCCUCGCAGUGAUGAGUGGACUCGAUUUGGUCGAACACUGGCAGAAAUAAAUGCUAACAGAGCUGACGCGGAAGAGGAAGCUGCCACCCGCAUACCGGCGUAGAUCUUUAAAAACAGGCAGCAGUGGUAGACUUGUGAAUGAUUUGAUACAAAUCUUAAAAGUGUAAGCAUGUGUCAGUUCAAAUAAUAGCUUAAGGGAGGACUAUAUGGAUUCAACUAUGGACUUUGAAAAUGUAUUAAGAUCACUGAAAAUCACAUCUUGCAUUGUCACUUUUUAUAUAUAAAUUACAAGCACAUUCUUGGAUUUGUGUAACUUUUAAUACAGUUAACUUUGACUUUGCAAGGAACUUCUUUUGCUGAAACACUAACCUGGUGUAAAUCUGCUAUAGGGCUUCUGAAAUUUCAACUUUGUAACAGUAUCUAUUUCUGAAAAGUAAAAGUUCUGUUUCUAAACCAAACUUUCUAUAUUACACAGACUAACUUUCAUUAGGUAGUAAAUCUCUGAAGCAUUCUUUAAUUUGAACUCUUCAAAUUACCCAUGGAAAUGCAUGCAUAUGUUCCAAGUAAGUUUCAUUGUUUAUAUAUAGAUAAGCCUCAGACUCUGGUAGUGGGUAAAUAUAUGUGAAUAAAAUUUGUCUGUAGUUCCAAACUUAUUUGGUAAUUGGACCUGAAUUAAUGAAAUACAUAUUUAAUACCAAGUUCUUUUGUUUGAAUUGGUGCAUUAAAAGAUGAGACUGAUUCGUAAAUAAAUAUUAUAUGAGCA